UGAAGUGGCCGUUGAGCUGCCACCAGGAAGCACUGGUUGGCCAAUCAUUGGUGAAACCCUAGAGUAUCUACGCACAGCCAAACAGGGUGUUCCUGAAAAGUUCAUAGUGGACAGGAGGAACAAGCACUCAUCCUGCAAGGUGUUCAAGACCUCACUGCUGCGUGAAUCUAUGGCCGUGAUGUGCACUGCAGCUGGAAACAAAUUCCUAUUUUCUAAUGAGAACAAACUCGUCAAGUCUUGGUGGCCUGCAAAUUUCGAAAAGAUCUUUGCCAACUCUGAGAAAACAGACACCACCCAAGAGUCCAUUCGAUUGCGCAAAGUUUUGUCUCCGUUUCUCAAGCCUGAUGCUCUCCACAGGUACAUAGGGGUCAUGGAUGAAGUCACCAAACAGCAUUUGGACGUGUAUUGGUCGUUUUCAUUAUUUGAUUAUGAAAAAGAAGACGAUGAAAUCGUGAUCAUAAAAGUUCACCCGCUUGCAAAGAAGUACACCUUCACAUUGGCAUGCAGACUCUUCUUAAACAUUGAUGAUCCAAAAUUAGUUGCCAAACUAGAGGAGCCAAUUCGGCAUAUAUCUUCAGGGUUCAUUUCUUUGCCACUAGAUUUUCCAGGCACAAAAUUCAACCGAGCCAUUAGAGCAUCCAAGCAAAUCAAGAAAGAAAUUGAGAAAAUGAUUAAGCAGAGAAGGAUAGAUCUCCAUCUUCAUCUUUUGGAGACAAGUAGUGAUCACGAGGUUGCUGCAGCAGCUUUCGAUCAUCAAGAUUUGUUGUCUAGGUUGCUGAUGGAGACAUAUAGCGACGGGGAAGAGAUGAAGGAAUCAGACAUUGCCAACAAGUUGUAUGGCUUCAUAGUCGGUGCUUACGACAACAUAAGCACUACUUUGGUCUCCAUAGUCAUGCAUCAGUCGCAGCUUCCACAUUUUUAUGAUACCGUACUUAAAGAGCAAAUGGAGAUUGCAGAAUCAAAAGCAGAAUGAGAGUUGCUGAAUUGGGGUGACUUGAAGAAGAUGAAAUAUUCAUGGAGCGUGGCAUGUGUAGUGUUGAGGUUGUUGCCACCAAUUUUGGGAACCUUUAGAGAGGCCAUUACCGACUUCGCUUCACUCUUCGCCUACGAAGGAUAUCUAAUUCCAAAAGGAUGAAGUUACACUUACACUGGAAUAUGUAUGCCACACAUAAAAACCCGGAUUACUUCCCGGAUCCUGAGAAGUUCGACCCGUCAAGGUUCCAAGGACAAGGACAAGGACCAGCUCCUUAUUCAUAUGUUCCUUUUGGAGGAGGACCUCGGAUGUGCCCUGGAAAAGAGUAUGCUCGAUUCAAAAUACUAGUUUUCAUGCAUAACGUGGUCACUAGGUUUAAGUGGGAGAUGGUUUUUCCGGACGAGAAAAUGAUCAUGGACCCUGUUCUUAUUCCUACCAAAGGACUUCCAAUUCGCCUCUUUCCUCACAAUCAUCAUCAUGAUUGA